UCUUCACAUUUGAUUAAUCAUCCAUUUCCUUUACCCAGAAAGAGAGAGAAAGAGAAACAGAGCUUAUUCCAGACGAGAAAGUGAAAAGAAACAGCAAUCAGAAGAAGAAGAAGAAGAUAGCAGCUCACUGAACAAGACGACCAUUUAUUAGAUCUCAUCUCAUCUUCAUUCUUCCAUAAACCCACGCUUAAACUCUCAAUACUAAUCUACCCUUUCUAUUAUUCAGCUCGAUUUUACUUAAAUUUCUUUCCUUUCUUCCUUCCAAUCUGUUUGUUGAAGAAAUGGCGAAGAUUAUUAUCCACCACGAGCUCAUUGAUUCCGGAAUAGUGUAGCUUCUCCCCCCUUUGGGUCUUCUUCUUCUUCCACGCCUUGCCUUUCCGCAAGACCCAUCUUUCUUUCUUUCUCUCUCUCUCUCGCUCUAUUUAGAGCUUUUCAUCCCCUUCAUCUUUUCUCUCUAGAAUGGAUUGCCGCCGCAUGAUUGUUGAAAACUUGGAUCCACAGAGGAAAAGAAGCGGAGGGCUCAGAACUAAACAGGCGGGACGAGGGUCUUGUCGCGGAAGUUAGACAGGAUAAGUCUAUUCGCCGGGAAAUGCUACCGUCUCCGGCAUUAUUCAAAUUACUGUUUUUUAUUCACACCCAUCUAUCUUUCUUCCCCCGUUAAACAAAUCUAUCUAUUUGUGAUCCAUUCAAAAGAAAGUUCGUUAAAACUGUACUAGUUCUUUCACUUCUCUUCCUCUACUUACUAACACGUCUGAAACAACAUGGGGUAUCUGUUGAAGGAAGCUUUGAAAACAUUAUGCGGAGUUAAUCAAUGGUCUUAUGCUAUUUUCUGGAAGAUCGGUUUGCAAAACCCCAAGCUUCUAAUAUGGGAAGAAUGUUACUAUGAUCAUCCAAUACAAUUUUCUGGACUUCCUGGAAUUUCUGCCAUUGAUGGCUCAGAGCUAGCUCUGGAAGAAUGGGAAGCAUGCUGGAAUUCUUCUGGAUCUAAUCAUAAUCCUAUGUUUGGUGUACAAACAGAGGAUAAGGUUCAUUUGUUGGUUAAUAAAAUGAUGAUGGACAACCAGAUUAAAAUUGUUGGAGAAGGACUCGUUGGGCGGGCUGCGUUUACGGGUCAACAUCUCUGGAUUCAGUUGGAGAACUUCACAAAAGAAGCCUAUCCACCUCCUGAGGUUCUAAGUGAGGUCAACCGACAAUCCGCAGCUGGUAUAAAGACAGUUGCUGUUAUACCAAUACCUACUUAUGGAGUUGUUCAGCUUGCUUCACCUUUGAAUAUUGCAGAGAAUAUGGGAUUUGUUAAUGACGUGAAGAGUCUAAUUCAUCAACUAGGAUGCAUUUCCAGUAAUCUCUUAUCUGACAGUAGCUUCUUCCAUGAUAUCGGGGAUUGUAUUAAUAAUUCCUUUGGAACACAUAAAUUAGAAAGUUCGAUUCCUUAUGUUGCUGAUGGCGGGAGCAUCUCUUCUGUUGUUAGGGGGACUUUUGAUCAUUCCUCUGAUUCUCUAACCAGACAGAUACAAGGUAACCAUGGUAGUAGAGCUGAUGUCAUCUUACCCUCCAACCCUGAAAUUUGGUCGAAUAAUUCAACAUCUGGAUUGUUACCUAAUGAUUAUGGGAAUUCAUAUGGUUGUUUAAGCACAAUUAAUGAUCAACUCCUAGUUGGAUCGAGCUCUGUUGGAAACCGGGCAGUUUCUGAUGCUCGUAAACAUGAAUUUGCUAAAGGUUUUCGAGGUAAGACAAAUGAGAUGGCCCUGGAGAAAGAAAGAGAAGAAAGUCUUCUGUUUCAUGAGCAUAACUUCAAUAUGGCGCACUAUGAAGAAGGACAAGCAAGUAUGAACAAUCAAAUUCCCGCUUUAUCUUCAGGUGAUGGUCUACUUGAAGUUUUGGUAUCGGAUUUCAAGAAGAAAACAUUGAAAGACGAGCAGAGAAGUGCUUGCAAUGGGAUAGGGGCGACCAACGAGGAUUUUCAUUGUUCGUUUGAUGGCGGAAACUCAGCCAGUGGUAUUUUCUCGAUAAACAGUUCUGAUAAUCUAUUGGAUGCUGUUGUGGGUAAUGUUUGGACAGCGGGCAAGCAACUAUCGGAAGAUAGCUUGUCCUGCAAGACAUCAUCGCUAGCAAAAUUAAGUGGAUCCUCUGUUCCUGGUUCUGAUAACGUGCAAGGAGAAAUGUUUGGCCUUCCAAAGUCUCUGGAGAAGCUGGCGGGUGUAGGUUCUUGUUCGUUUAAAUCUGAAUGCACUAAAGAAGAAGUGGGCAAUUGUUCCCAGUCCAGCUCAAUGUUUGGUUCUCAGAUCAGUUCACUGAUUGGGCAAAGCCAGAGUCUUAAGCAGACCAGCAAUAGUGCUUCGACUGGAUAUUCAAAGAGGCCUGAUGAGGCUUGUAAAACUAACAGGAAGCGACUUAAGCCUGGAGAGAAUCCUAGACCUAGGCCAAAAGAUCGCCAGAUGAUCCAAGACCGAAUGAAAGAGUUGAGAGACAUUGUACCAAAUGGAGCAAAGUGUAGCAUUGAUGCACUUCUGGAACGCACGAUCAAGCAUAUGCUUUUCUUGCAAAGUGUUACAAAACAUGCAGACAAGUUGAAACAAUCUGGGGAAUCCAAGAUAAUAAGCAAGGAUGGAGAGUUACUAUUGAAAGACAACUUUGGUGGAGGUAGAACUUGGGCAUAUGAAGUUGGAUCACAAUCCAUGGUGUGUCCAAUCAUAGUUGAAGAUCUGAAUGCCCCUCGUCAAAUGCUUGUCGAGAUGCUUUGUGAAGAGCGCGGUUUGUUCUUAGAGAUAGCCGAUAUAAUUAGAGGACUUGGAUUAACAAUCUUGAAAGGGGUGAUGGAAACUCGGAAUGACAAGAUCUGGGCUCGCUUUGCUGUUGAGGCUAAUAGGGAUGUGACAAGGAUGGAGAUAUUCUUGUCGUUGGUUCAUCUUCUGGAGCAAACGACGAACAAAAAGAGGAGUUCUUCUUCUUCUUCGCCGACCAAUAACAAUUACUGCUUAGAGAAUGAAAGUUCGUUAAUGCUCCACCACCACCACCACCAAGCUCCUGUUUCAGCAACAGGUAAUAGUAGUAGUAGUAGGCCUAUGUAGUUUAGUAGACUUUUGUAUUUUCUGGUUGUUGUUGGUCGUGGCUUUGAGUUUGGGAUCUUGGAUAUAUGUUGAGAGCAAUGAAGGGAAAGGGAGAAGGAAAGGAAAGAGUUCAUCUAUCUAUCUAUCUCCUCUUAUGCCAUGACUGACAUGAUCCUUCCUGGACUUAGAUAGAGGUCAGUUUGGUCGGGUCAUUAGUAUGUUUGUUUGUGUUGUUUAUGUUUAUCAAAAUGGGUCUCUUUGUUUGUUCUUGGGAUUUGGUGGGUAGUUUGAACUUUCUUUGAACUCUCUCUGGAUGAAUAACUGGGAAUAGAAAACAAACAGUAGAAGGAAGGGAGCCUGUUUGUAUGAUUGUUAUUACUAUUAUUAUUGUAUGUAUAGAAGACAAACAAAUGUGAAAUGAACAAGGGGGUGGUCAGGAUUUGUUGUGUA